CCGAUCAUCCGUGUUGUUGGUGUCGUCCCGCACUCGACUCGGAACAGAACGUUCGGACAAUGAUCAAAAAAGAACCAUAACGAUCUCGACCACAGCAGCUCGAGAAUGUAAUCCGAGAAUCGAAUGAGUCAAGGGUGCGCCACGCACUUGAGCCAGCAUGAAAUCACACAGUUCGAAGAUGGCCUCUCGUCUGAAAUCGAAGAUCCUCAACACCUUCCAAGUCCAGGGCUUGACCCUGCGGAAAGAGGCGAGUCAGUACCUCGAGCAGAUGCUUGGUCAACUGGAAACCGAACCCCAACGGGAAUGGAUCCAACAAAUGAUCGAAUGGUUCCAGAAUCAAUCCUUGGAAUCCGCUCUGAUCACCAAGGAUCUGAUCGUGAAGUGUAUCAAGGAAUGUUCUUCGCUGCCCGACGAACAACAACAUCAAGUUUUCAAAGUCAUCAGCGCUUUUGAAGUCCCCGCGUUCACCUACAACAACGAUCGGAAGAAGUUUCUCAAGGUCGAAACGAAGCGGAUCCUGUUCCCGGACGCCGACGCCAAGGCAGAUCUGUACCAGGAGCGCUACAAGGUCGUUCACCAGCGAACUCUCAGGCACAGAUUGUUCGCUCCCCCGUCGGCCGCGUCGUUGCUCUCGUCGACACAGGCGGAACACUACAAACUGUGCACGUGCGAAAGCCUCAUGGGAAUGGCGAAGACGGACAACAAAUUCGUGGUCGUUCUCGGGAUGAUCACGCAGCUGAAGGAAGGCAAACUCAGUCUUGAGGACCCGACUGGAUGCGUAUCGUUGAACCUUUCCAAGGCUAAUUUCCCCGAGGCGCUCAUCACCGAGGGAAGCAUCGUCUUGGCAGAAGGGACGUACGACGACAAGAUAUUCAACGUGCAGGCUAUCGGGUUCGCGCCGGCCGAAGCGGCUUCGAUCAGUCGGGAAUUUUUCGGGUCCGUCAAUUAUUUCGGAGGAGACUCUCUGAAGUGUAUGAAGACCGACGCCGCCGUCAGGGAAAUGGAGCAGCAGCUCGACGAUUCGAUGAUCGUGUUCCUAUCGGAUGUUUGGCUGGAUGACGUGAGGACGAUGGAGCGACUGAAGAUACUUUUCGAAGGAUACAAUCAAUGUCCUCCUUUAGCUUUCGUGAUGAUGGGGAACUUCCUCCGAGAUUCUUUGGGGUUUGCCGACAUCGUGACCCUCAAAGAUUGUUUCAAACAGCUCGCCGAUCUCAUACUGCAGUUCCCAGCCGUCGUCGAGCGAUCCAGGUUCAUUUUCGUCCCCGGGAGUCGCGAUCCGCUCGUGAGCAAAAUUCUCCCCCGACCCCCCCUGCCGACGGCGAUCACCGAGGCCUUCAGCUCAAAGCUUCCGAAAACCGUUUUCACCAGCAACCCUGCGCGCAUCCAGCUGUACAGCCAGGAGAUCGUUUUGUUCCGGGAAGAUGUCGUAUCGAAAAUGUGCCGAAACAGUAUCUACGUACCGUGGGACACGGAUAGUGAUGUUGCGAUGGCUCAGCUGUACGUGAAGAAUUUGGUCGGCAACUCCCAUCUGUGUUGUUUACCCAUUCACCUCGCCCCGAUUUACUGGCAGAUGGAUCAUAGUUUUUGGUUGUAUCCGAUGCCGGACUUGGUCGUUUGCGGUGAUAAGCACGAAGCUUUUACCGUAAAGCAAAACGACUGUGUUUUCACGAACCCGGGUCAAUUCACCAAGAACGACUUCUGCUUCAAAGUAUACUUUCCGGGCCAGAAGAAAGUCGAAGACAGUCAGAUUAGCGAACCGGGUUAA